AUGGAUCUGGAUCUGGAUCUUGACCUCGAUCUUUUUGAUCCAGACACUCCAGACAUUCCAGCUGUUGGGGGUGAGGAAGGCAGCCAAGAGGAAGUCCACCUCCUUGUCUCCUUCGCCAGCCUACUCAGUGGUCGAAGCUUUACCGAUUGUCAGAAUGCUCAAGAUCCUUCGUGUUCCGGUGGUGUUGCUGCGGUGGCUGCCUGGUCACGACAAUAUGCAUCCGAAUACAAUGCAACCGCUACGAUCAUUGCGCCCAGAUUUGAUUAUCAGCAUCCAUUUACGCAACAACAUCCAUUGGGAUGGGGUGUCAACCGACUCGUGUUUUCAGAACUGUUGGGAUGGAAAGUCUUUUUGGCAAGACUGUGGCUGUUGGAAAGUGGAAGUACGGGACGCAGUGUGGAGGAUUUGCAGUCCAAAGAGCUUCCACUGCUGAUAUCCAAUUCUGUGCUAAGUCCCUUGGACGCAUGGACUGAGUUUGUGGAGCACAUUUAUUUUGACGAGGAGAGCUCCGUUGCGCUGAUGCACCUUUCCGAAAAUCUCGACAAUGCGGCUCUGUACACGGACGGUAUAAGGACUGCACUGUCAUUAUUGGACUAUGUCCUUCGAGUAAACGAACAGUCAGGCUGUCUACCAAACGAUAGUCUGUAUGAUUCCUAUGUCAAUCGAACCAACAGUGACUCCUCAUCAUCAGAGACAAAAUGUUGGAUUCCUGUGAUUUUGUCCGACUUGACCGUCUAUCGGGAAACUCUACUCGACGAGCUCCUGUCCCAUGAUCAUCCACCAGCUCUCUUUGUGGACUACAACGGAAUCGAUCCUACUCUGACUAGUGGAGAGCCACUGAAACUUGUCAAUGGAGACUCGAGUAUGUGGGCACUCAGCUAUCGGUCGAGCCCCAGUCAGUUUCCCCUGAUCCGUCUGAUCAAAGAACAAAACAAGCCAAUGUUGAGUAGUGUCGUGUUUGAUUUGCAAGAGCUGAGUGAUUUUCCGGCGAGUGCAAAGGAUGAUAAAUAUGCCAGUGAUAUUUCACAGCUUCGCAUCUGGGCCGAUGAAACCAUUGCCAACGACCCUGUCAUUGGCCAAUCGACAGAGUUUGGUGUAGCCAAGACUCUGGAUAACCAAUUUGUCAAAUGCGAAGCUGGAGAAUGCGAACAUGGGAAUUUAUUCACGGACGCCAUGAGAUGGGCCGUGUUGAGGUAG